AUGUUCCCGAAACAUUCCCCGAUCCUGGUGACUUGCCUUUUGCUGGGCGUUUCCAUGGCGUCCAAGCUACAUGUUGCGAUUAAACCCAACUCCCACAUCCAGGAGUUGCAGGUGGAGAGCAGAGAACUGGCGGAAGCCCAUGCGGACGUUUCCAACAGGUGUUUCCAGAUCUACACGCCAAUUUUGGCUGAUGUUGCGGAUCAGUACCAGACUAACUUCGAAGCUUGUGUUAAGGCCUUUGACAAUUCCACUGCCGUGGUCAAUGAAAAGUACUCAAAGGAUCGCCAGAGUGUCUUGGAAUACGCCAGCAAAGGUUGCGCCACUUCUUAUUGCUCGUGCUGGACGGCACAGAAACAGGACCUGGACACCGUAAUCUCCCGUCUGGAAUGCGCCUCUACCAAUUCUGCCAAGAGCUCCAAGAUCUUCUACGGAAUUUCAGCCAAUGCCACGGAGAUCGCCGUCAAGAUUACGGAGGAAUAUCAAGUUUUGGCAUCCCGAAGGGACAUUUGCAUGAACAAUGCAGAUCGCAUCUAUGUGGAGGACACCACCGACACCUACGAGAAGUUGAACAACUGCCUCAAGGGCAGAGACACACAGCCACCCAGUGCGCCUGAAAUACACACAACAUCAACUUGUAGUGAUACUACUACAACAACAACGACAACAACGACAACCAUUGCUCCCGUUACAAAAAUUUAGUGUAGAAAAUAUACAUGUAUUCAAAAGUUCAAUAUAGAAAAAAAAGGCAAUCUAUUUUUGGU